CAAACAUUCUCCCUAAUUCUCUAUAUCACGAUGGCCGGAAUAACUGUGAAAGGAAAUAGAAAUUAACUUCGUUGGAAAUCUACACGACGCAAGACAUUCGAGUUAAAAUGAAAGUAAUUAACACGGUUUUCUACGCAUCCGUCUUAAUCUCAGCCCCUGCGACUGUUGCUAGGAGCCUAGGAUAGACCCAACAUCCAAUCAUCUGCGCAGCCCUUCGCUCUUUUCUAGUUUGAAGGCUAGAAUUACAUGACAUCAUUUGAAGCGCGACCCCGUCCCACCUACGAGAAAAACAAACAAACGUGAUAUCCUCAAAUCCUUUUCAUUUUCCCACGAGCUGGAAAAGAAAACACCCGGAGCUGCGUUUUGCAUUGGGAUGAUUUCCCUCCGUAUCCACAUCGCGCAGCCCGUGACAUUUCUGGAUUGGUCGCGGCGGUAUCCCCGAUAGUAUCGGAUUCUGGGAGGUGCGGUCUUUACGCACGGGGAACGGCGGAGGGGCUGGCUGCUGGGCUAUGGAUUCAGUGUGGGAGUGAGAGAGAUGGGGGCUUAGCACAAUAACAUACAUCCAACUCCUCACAGUGAUCCCGUCUGUCGUUGUCAUAAAUUGCUUCUGUCCCUGACCAUGGAUCCAGAGAAGACGUUGACGUUCUGCCUGGGGCUCAAAGCAGAGGCGAUGACCAUCUCCCUGCCGGAGCCGGGCGGACCCACAGCCACAGUAAGAAGGCUAACCCUUCCACUCAUCCACCGACAGCCCGGAAUAGCAGGGCCGCAGGUGACGGUGCAUCCACAGGCUUCAGACAUUGGCACCAUCAACAAGGGGGUGAAGUACCAGGGCAGCUCCGGCGGUCAGCCUGUGAUUGGUCCAAAGUACUGCCCUGGGGUGAACAACAACCCGGGCUACCUGUGCGAGACCGGUCACUGCUGCGGAGAGACGGGCUGCUGCACGUACUACUAUGAACUCUGGUGGUUCUGGCUGCUUUGGACCAUUCUGAUUCUGUUCAGCUGUUGCUGUGCCUACCGCCAUCGCAGGGCCAAGAUGCGCAUCCAGCAGCAGCAGAGGCAGAGGGAGAUCAACCUGAUCGCCUACCACGGAGCCUGCAGCUACCCCGCCUCCAUGUUGGACCUAAGUUUCCUGGCCUCCUUUAAACUGCCUUCUUAUGAGGAGGUGGCAGCCCAGCCUCCGUCACCCCCUCCUCCCUACAGCUCCGUCUUUGCCCUGCAGGGGGCGAUGGGGGGCUCAUCCGCCUACACCGCCACCCCCUAUGGUUCUGCGUACCCCCACCACCACCAGCAGCAGCCCCCAGGCCCCCCCUCCUAUCUGGGCAGCUCCCGGGCUGGCCCCAGCGGCACCGCCGUCACCCUGACCUCCUCACAGAGUUCGGACAAUUACACCAGCUGCUCCUGCGAGUCCUGCUCCCUCCUCACCUCCCGGUCAAGCACCUCCUUCUCCGUCCAGGUGACCUACGAGACGGAUGACACCUCCCGCGCCACCACGCCGGGCAGCGAAGCCGGGGCGGGGGGAGGUGGGAGGGAGGUCCGGAGGGUUUUCCCUAAGGAGGUUUCAGCGGCGGAGGGCAUCGGGGCCGUCAGGUCGCCCUUGUCUCCUGGAGGAUGUCCGCCAUCUCUGCCCCCUCCUCAGCCCAGUUUCUUACCUUUAUGUUCUCCAACUGCAAGCGAGGGGAUCCCGGCAAUGUCUCCUCCUCUGCCGCUCCCCAAACUUUGUUCUCCUCCUCCGCCGCUCCCUGCACUCCACCGGCCGCUCCCCCCCCUUGUCCUCGUGGACCCCCUGGGCGUGAUGGCCGAGAAGAGAGGGGUGGAGGGCGACCCGGGCGAGGGGAGGGUCACGGAGCGAAAGAGCCCUUCGACAGUCUGUCUGCCCAAGCCCACCCAGUCUCCUCCCAGACAUGCGCUGUUCUCCACCAACGUAGACUUCUUCGAACCCGUCGAGAAAGGGAGGAGAGAUGAAGAGGAGGAGGAGGACGACGAAGAGGAUCAUUUCCGCCACCGCCGGCUCACGGGCGAUUCCGGCAUCGAAGUGUGCCGCUGCCGGGUGAAGAGUGAGGAAGAGGAGAAGGUGGAAGAAGAGAGCGAUGGGGGAGGGGAUCGAGAGGACGGGACGGGUAUACUCCAUGACAGCGUGGACUGCUCCCUCCGCGCGCAUCGUGUCACCCCAUCGCAGCUCCCAUCUGAUGAUUGUGCCACCCAGUGUGGCCACGCCUCCUCCUCAGCCGUCCCCAGGGGCGGGGACGCGGCCAUUACCGUGGAGUCGUCAUGAGAACGCCCAAUGAGGGCCAACUGACUCAGCAAGGCUACCCAAAUGGAGUUUAGGGGUGUUUACUUCGACCCAAUAGUGUCCCCUACUGUCCGAGCCAGGAAGUUGGAAGGAAGCCCGGGCCCACAUUCACUUCGUUCGGGCCUGGUAGUGUUACCGUAGUAAUGUCACGUCACCGUAGUAACACGGAGGAGGAAGACUCAUCGCAGCCAUCUAAUGCUAACUAGGAGAGAACCCAGGAGAGGAAGGGCAGACUGUUGAUCCUUCUGAUUCUGACUGCCGCUCAUUGACAUUCCGUGCCGUUGCCAUGCCACCCACAACAGACGCCUCCAUCAUUUUCACUCAAAGAAUGGAAACAAAGCGCCAAGUAAUGAUAUAUUCACAUUGCUCGCUCUCCCUCUGUCCCUCAAACACCCCCUCUGUGUCUCUAUCCACCAACCAUUCUAGCAUUCCCUCAACCCAUCUCUCUCUCUGUUUCCACACCCAUCUCUCUCUCUCUCUCUGUUUCCACACCCAUCUCUCUCUCUCUCUCUC